AUGCUCAAUGAAAACAGUAAUGAAAAGUUAGAUUUCAACACAAUCACAUUCAAGAAAAAGAAGAAGUCUAAAGAUUAGUUGAGAAUGUUCGACAUUAAUGAAGGCAAAACAAUUUAUAAAGGGCUUCAUAUAAGACGAUAGCUGGAAUCAAAUAAAUAAAUAUAUUUUAAAAUUAUAAUGACAUCCUUUUUCACUAGCUUUUACAAGAUAGGAAACCUAAUAUAUUUUAUAAUUCUCCUAAUGGUUAUAUUCGAAUAAUAGCUAGAUACAAGCCAAGCAUAUUAUUUGCUUGUUCCUCUUAUCCUCAAUUUUUCUGUGCAUGGCUUUAAGAAUUUUUAGCUCUACAGAAGCAAAAUAAAGCAAAACUCUGAUUCAAAGAUAUAAACAUAAAUUGUUCAUAAACUGGUAUAUGGUUAAGUGUCAUAUUUUAAUGAUAUCAGCCAGGACAAAGUUGAAAUAGGAGACAUCAUUUUAUUAAAAAAAAAUGAAAUUUGUACUUCAGAUAUUUUGGUUAUAGCAAGUAAAGAAUAAAAAAUUAUAGUAGAAACGAAUGAAAUAGAUGGAGUCUUGGACUACAGAUAAAUUAAACCUGUGGAUUCUACCAAUGAAGAAAAUAUUUCUAUUGAAACUAUAUUAAAAUCAUAUAAAUAUACACUAAAUGGAAAAAUAGAGUAUUACCCAAUCCUAAAAGAGGCAAAACUUUUUGAAGGAUAUAUUAAAUUAGAAAGUGAUCCGAAAGGUGAAAAGCUCUCUUUUUAAAAUAUAAUCCAAAGAGGAAGCUAUUUGAAAAAUACCGACUGGGUUUUAGGUAUUGUUAUUGAUUACGGUUACUUAAAUACAGUCUUAUCGGUCAAACACGUCAAAAUAGCAAGAGAUCAAUACCUACUUAAAUUCAUGAAUAGAUUUAUAUAGAUGACAACAAUUUGGAUUUCUUUUGCCAUUUUUAGUGUCAUUUUUUGGAAAAACAUCCGCUAAACUCAACCAACUAUAGCUAACAGCACUAACAAGGAUUAAUAUGUAGCUUUAUUAGAAUCAAUUACUGUUUAUUCUUAGGGUAUUCCUGUGCUUCUUUAUGCCAUUUUGCAUGCCUCUUAUUAUAUCAUUAAAUAUUAAAUUGAAAAGAAAUAUAAAAAUAAAAACCAAGAAGUAGAAAUUAACAACUCAGGAGCAAUUACUAAUCUUAGUCACGUUGAUAUAGCAGUUUUUAGCUUAAGUGGGGCAUUUUUACACCCAGAUAAAAAUGAUAUUAUAAAUGGAGUUUAUAUAAAUAAUAAAUUCUACUCUGCUUUUGAUCAUAGUAAUUAUAGAUAGAGCUUGAAAAAUCUUUAAGAAGAUGAGUAUUUAGAUUCUCCUUCUCCAAUGAAUUAAGCCAAUCAGUUCUAAAAGGGCAUCUCUAAUUAAGUUAAUUCUUAUUUAGUUAAUGGCAAAGAUAGUUAAGCUUAAAAGAAAAUUUCAACAUAGUCUUUUCCUUAGAUGGAUACCAAUCUAUUGAAGAUAAAUGAUUUAGGAAAGUAACAUGAAAAUAGUAAUAAUAAUAUAGAAUAUGACAGUGAUGAUGACGAAAGUAGUAAUUCAAAGGCAUCUCAGAAAAAUAAAACUUCAGAGAGAGAUGAAAAAAAGCAAAAUAAAAAUGUAUUUAGAAAAGAAACAUGUGAAAUAUAAGACCAUGAAACAGACGAACGUAAAAAGUAACCUACCUCAUAAUAAGAAGACUAAAGUAGCAUGUACGAAAAAAUUAGCUUAAACCUAAAUCAUUUAAAAGAAUCUCUUAACUGGAAUAACAAAAACAAAUUCACUAGUAUGAAUGGAUACUCUUCACCUAUUAAUAGAAGCCAAGCAAACAUAAUAUAAAAUAUUUUCCCAAAUAGUAGCAAUACUAAUUUAUUUAACACUUCUAUCUAAAAUGUUUCAAUAUAAAAUUAAUCUAAUAAUUUCAAUGGUUUACUCUAAUACACUCUAAACAGUUUAAAAUCAACAAAACACAAUCUUUAAAAUAUCUAAUACAAUAUCAAUGAUUAACAAUUGUCUAUACUUAAAGAAGACAAUACCAUGGUUUCUAACUUUAAGACAAAUAAAAACGAUAACACUAGCUAUGAAGAUAGCCAAAAACAUGACAACGCAUCUGAGCAUGCAGAUGCUGUACCCAAUCUGAUUUUCAACAACGAAUCUAACAUAAAACCAAACGGUUACAGUUCUCAUAAUAGCAGUCCAGUUAUUGCUGAAGAAUCUAUUAAGAAUAUCUCAGUUGUUAAAAACGAAACAUACAAUAAUAAUUUUCAUAUUGAAAGCUAGAAUUAAUUGUCUUCCUUUUAAUUAGAAAAACCUUUUCCUGUAAAAAACGCAAAUAUUCAAAUAGAUUAACUGGAUGCUGGAAGUCCUAUUAAUAAAAAAACAGACCAACAAAAUAUGGAAGAAAUAAAUAAUGUCUCAUUGUUAAAUUUUACAAAAAAUUUACACACUAUCAAUAUAAAUGGUAAUUUAGACGAUUAAGAGUACAAAAAUCCUCUAGAAUAAAUUCCUGAAUAAGAAAUCGAAAAUAAAGAUAAAAAAUGUAAAAAUAACAACUAAAAAAAUUUAAAAAGACUGGAAGUAAAUACCUCGAAUCAUAAAGAGAGCAUCAAUAAUCACUCUUAAAACGAGAAUUUGUCAGAGGAGCGUUAUCAAACAAAUGGUUCAAAUUAAAACUAAAAUGGUAGAGUUAAUGGCAAACAAAAUGAUUCUUACUUACAAGUAGUUAAAUAAAAACCAAGACGCAAAGCUUCUUCACAAAUUCCUAACAAUACAAACAACAUAACAAGCACAGAAAAUAUUAAUUUAAAAGUUAAUUCUCCAUAAAAAACUCUUCAUCCUCCACUUAACAUCCAGAUACCAAAUAAAGAAUUUUAAAUUUCAUUAAGAAAUCAGCAUUCUGACAAAGGAAGCUUUUUAAAAAACUAUGGAAAUGUUGCAAAUUCCCCAUCUCCAUCAACUAUAAAUAAGUCCUUUUUUGGAGGAGUAAUUCCUAGACAAACGCGUGCCCCAUCGAGCAACUUGAAUCAUAACAGAUCUUUUAACAUUUUCACCUCUCCAAAUUAAUUUGUUUAGACAACAUUGAAUAAUCCAACUCACUAAUCAUUUCACCACAAUAGACAAAACUAGUUUCAAACUGGAGAGAUAGUUAGGUGGAAAGAUCUUUACUUAUAUCCUUUUUACCCUUAAACUAGACCACCAAGACUAGAUGAUAAAAAUAAAUUAACUGAAUUACUAACAUUAACUGACAAUUAAAAUGCAACCUAAAGGGAAUCUAUGAUAAAAAUUGAAUUCUUCAAAGCUUUAGCUCUUUGUCAUAACGUAAAAACUAAAAAAUUAGCUGAAAGGAUUCUAGAUUAAGUGUAAGAAAAUGAUAACGAUGAUAGACCUAAUUAUUAAGAAGAAGCUAAUAAUUCUAAAUAUAAAUUAGAACCUACUAGUAAAGACGAAAUACCUUAACUUGAACUAAGCUAGAAAUCAGGAUUGUCAUUUUUAAGAGGAGGAUUUUACAAGCAUAAGCAAUUUUAUGAUCUUAAAUAUAAAGAAAAGAUAAUUAGAUACGAAGUCAAAUAAACCUAUUUGCCUAAUGAAUCAAGGAAGUUUUUCGGAAUAUUAGUAAAAGUAGAUGACAAACAUUUAAUUUCUUUACUCCCAGCUACUAGUAAUUUAUCUUAAUUUAACAGUAAAAAAAAUGCUACUUCAAACAACGGAAAUUAAUAAAACCAAUUUUAAUAAUUUGUUGAAUUUGAACCUAAAGAUUUAUAGCUAUUUGUUAAAGGCUCUGCAUAAGAAAUAUUGCCAAGGUGUUAGUUAACUAAAUUUUAAAAAGACCUUAUACUUAAAGAUAUGCAUAGCUAAUAAAUUCGAGGAAUGAAAAUGAUAUGUUUUGCAAAAAAGAAUAUGAAAGAAUUAGAUCAGAAGCAAGAUACUGAUCAAAUCGCUACAGGAAUGGAGUUUCUUGGAUCUAUGUGCCUAUCUCAGCAACUGAUACCAAAAACAUAAGAGCUUGUCAGUCUUUUAUAAUCUGCAGGAAUAGUUAAUUGGCUAAUAUCAGCUGACUCUUAAAGCUCUGUUUUAGCAGCUGGAUACAAAAGCAACAUGAUUCACCACGAUACUACCUUUUUAACAAUCGAUCAAUCGAAUGUUGAAGAACUAAAAUACUAAAUAAAAAACCACCUUUUCUUGUUGCAAAAUCUUAUUCUUGAAGAAGAAGAAAUGAAUUUUUAACCUGAAAGUGGAAAUAAAGUUAGCUAAGGAUAAUCGAUGCGUGCAAUAACUAAAGAACAAUACAAAAGAAGAAUGUCUAAUUUAAAUAAUUCAAGAAAGGGAUCUUCUUACAUUUCAACUGGCUCAGGAAGCGAUUAAGAAAAGUUAGAAAAAAUUUCACUUUUAGUUGACGGUUCUUCGUUAAAAGUUAUCCUUUCUAAUGACUAUCUCAAAGCACAUUUCUAAUUUUUGUGCUUAGUUUGCAACAAUUUACUUGGAUAUAAUUUUUGUCCUAGUUCUAAAUCUUCUCUAAUUUCUUUAAUUUAACAAACUAAAGACUCAAAAACCACUGUGAUCAGCUUUGGAUAUGGAUCAAAGGAUAGUCAAAUGAUGAAUCAGAGUAAUUUUUCAUUCCUAAUUAAAGGCUAGAGCACAUGUUAAAGCUACAUCGGAGAUGUUACUUUGAAAGACUUUUCUCUAGUGAGGGACUUUAUUUUCGAUGAUUCGAUAGAAGUCAGCGAUAAACUUCAAUAUUUGGUUGUUACAAAUACUAAAUUAAUUAUUUUCAUCAUGUUUUUAAAUUACUUUUAUCAAUUGCACAAUUAUCAAAUCUAAUCUGACCUGGUUAAGGGAUAUUAAAUUACUUUGAAUAUCUAUGCAAGUCAAACAAUAGGAUCUCUCUAUAUUUUACUCUCUUCCUUUAAGAAUAAUCCACAAAAUUGUCUCAUAAGACUACGUCCUGAAUUUUACAAAUUUCGUAGAAAUUAGAAUAGCUGGAUGAAGUCUCAUUUCUUGGAGUGCAUGCUAUUUGUUACUUUUCAUGCAUUCUUAACUUCUUUGUUGCUUGAAAAUCCUCUUAUGGGUAACUACACUCUUGAUGGAAAACUUAUUGAUUAUGAAAUCACUUAGGGAAUAAUGUCAUUUGUUAUGGGCAUUGUUUUAAUUUUUAUUGUAAUGGCUGGUCCUAUGCAAUAAAGCAUUGUUCUUUCUACAAUCUUCAUAUUUACUCAAAUAAUUAUUUCCUUGCUUCCAUCUAUUUUCAAAGUAGUUGAAGAACAAACUAACUAGCCUUACAUUUUUUCAUAUCUGUUUAAUCUGCUGCAAUCUUUUUCUAUUAUCUUUAUUAUGCUCACCAUCUAUUUUAUUGAGUACUUCUUUACUAAAUUUUUCAGAUAUUACUUCAUUCCUGAAUAAUUCAUGGAAGUGUUCAAUAGCUACACUAAUAGAUUUAAUCCUGAGAGAGUUAAGACUUUCUUUGAUAAAAUGAAAUCAACUGUACACGAAGUCAGAGUUUCUUAGCAAUUCCUCACUUAGAUUUUGAAACAACUUUUUACAAAAACAGAAAUUGAUCCAUUUUUAAGAAAAAUCUUGGAUCCUUCACAAAAAGUGGACAGCUAUUCGAAUAUGAGCAAAUUUACUUUAUAAUUCAAUGAUUUAAGGGUUGAAAAAAAUUAUAAAGAAUUUAGAAUGUAAAUUUUCACUUAAAAAUUUGCAGUUGUAAUGAUAAUUAUAGCAAUAUUAUUAAUGAGUUCAACUAUUAUUGAAGCAGUCUAAGGUCUAACUGGUUAUGGGGAUACUAAUGAAGCUAGUUAUAUAUUUAAUUCCUUCUUGAUUUAUUCUAGAAUUUUGAUUUAGUUUAUUAUAAUUUUUGUCUCAGUUGCUAUUGUUUUUAAAAAAACAUUAAUCUUUUCAAUAGACUCAGCCACUUUAGUUAACGUUAUUUAUCAUUACUGUCUACCAUUUGUCAUUGUAAAUUAUGGCCUCUAUUCUAUCUUUAAAAAGACUGAAAUCGAUUUGAUCGGUAGUGCUUUUAUUAUUUCCAUUUACAAUUGGGAUAGUGUGCCUCCUCCAAUUAUUCUCUCUUAUUCAGUCUGCAUAAUUAACACAAUUGGAGUUUUGAUUUCUAUUAGCAUGAGCUCUAAAUUUAAUAACGGAGUUUCAAGCACAACCAAAAAUUAAUUGCUAUUUAUAAUUUCCUAUAUUUUUUACGUUUUGCAUAGCUUUUUGUAUUUUUACAUGCAAGAAAAGGCUCGUCGUAUUAGUUUCUCUACAAAAAACAGAAUCAAAUACGAAGAAAACGAAGUGGAUCAUGUCUUAGCCAAUUUGCUUCCACCUUUUGUUAGAACAAGAUUUAAUUCAUCUGGUAAUGCAAGCAUAGAAGAAGACUAAGGAGAAGUUGCAAUCCUUUUCUUGGAUAUCUGUGAUUUCGAUAGUAUCCUCAACGAAGAGUAGACUAAAUUAAUUAAAUGGAUAGACAAUUUAUAUAGAUAAUUUGAUAAAAUAUGCGUUGAGUAUGGAGUACAAAAAAUCGAAACUGUAGGAAAAAUUUAUAUGGCUUGUGCUGGUUUGAAACUGACUAAAGAAGAAAAAUUAAGACAAUAAAAAAUGCUUCUUACUGAGAAUGAAACAGAAAGACUCGUUUUGGCAGCUCAGGAAAUGCAAAUCAAAGCCAAAUAGUAUUUUUGGGGAAAUAAUUAACAAACUGAUGUAAAAAUCGGAAUACAUUAUGGAAAAGUUAUUGCAGGUGUUAUAGGAGCUCACAAACCAUAAUUUAGUUUAAUUGGAGAUACAGUAAAUACUGCUAGUAGAGUAUGCUCUAAGUGCAAAGAAAAACGUAUUUCUCUUUCAUAUGAAGCUCACCGUCGUCUAGGAAAGACUGAAUGGCUCUUUUUAGAAAAGGAAGUUGAAGCUAAAGGAAAAGGAAUAUUAAAAAUUUUUAGUCUUGCAGAGAACAUAAGAAAUACAAUUAUCAAAGUUAAUAAUGAUGCACUGAAUAGUAAGAAAAACUCGCUAAACAAUAAAUAGCUGUUUUCUAAAAAUAGCGAAGGAUUCCACUCUAAAAAUAAUUUGAAUAAUGUUUCUAUGCAUUCUCAAAAUUUAUCAGCAUAAAGUGGGUCUUUGAGGAGUUUUAGAAACUCUUUAGAUAAUGGAAUUCAGCAAUAAGCUAGUUCUAAUUAGUAAAUAUAAUACACCUAACCUAAUAAUUAAUUAAGUAACAUUUCAAGGAAGAGUGCUGUUUAGAGGAAUGCUUCUAAAAAAAAUAAAACAUUUGUCAGUUCUACAGAUUUGAAUAAUGAACUUGGCGAGUUAGUUGCUAAUGACGAAGUCAAUUCUUCUUUUUAACAGGCUAAGAAUUAAAACAACGAGAGUGGUAAAUUUUAAAUAGGAAGCAACAAUAGUGCAAACUCCAACCAAGCCAAAAGAAAACUGAGAUAUUCAAGGACUAUGUUGAUUCAGCCAAGAAAUUCCCUUUAAAAUACUCUUGCAAUUCAAAAAUUAGAUACUUUGGAAAUAUUUGAUGAAGAAAUUGAACCAGAAACUAAGAAAUUCGAAGAAAGAGAAAGACAUACCUUAGCUAGGAAAGACACGAUAGUUUUAACUAAUUAAAAAAGGCAAGAUAAAGAAUAAGGGUAAUACUCAUCAGAGCCUUUACUUCAAGUGUCUCAAUAUCUUUUGAGAUAUCUUAAUGGCAGGAACGAUGAUAUUGUAAAAAAAUUCGAACUCGGUACUUCGACAGACUCUACUCAAUAAUUUGGACUUAAGAGCCAUUUCUUUUAGUUUAGUAUUCAUUUAUUAGUUAUCAUUGUGGUAUUUUUGAACCUAGAAUUGCUGAGCACACAAGCAUAAAUUCUGUUACUAAUUUUAAAGGCUAUCGAAUGUGGUGUGGCCUUAUUUGCCAUAAUUUUUAUCCCUAAACUAGCUUCUAGAGUAUUAACACAUAAAAUUGUCUUGCAUCUUUAUGCGAUGUUUAGUCAUAUAAAUUCAAUCGUCCUAUCAAGAUAAUUUUUAUCCAACUAAGGUAUAUUGGGAAUCAUAUUUAUUGAGCAUUUGAUAGUGCUAAAUAUGAUUUAGGAAUUUUCAUUCAUCCACUUUAACUAAACUUUCCUUCAUGCUUCGGUGAUUAUUGGGUUAUGGUUGGCUAAUUUUUAUGAUACAGGAUCGUAUGAAGAUAUGGUAAAAAUAUGCAUCUUAGUUAUCUUUGAAAUUUAUAAGUGCUAUGUUAGGUGGGACGUUAAAAUAGAAAACUUUAACAAUUUAAUUGCUCACGAAAUCAAAAAAUCUGAAAAGGACAAUCUACUAAAAUAUUUAGUACCUAAGCAUAUAUUAACUUAGUUCUUACAAAACAAGAAGUAAUAUAAGGAAAUAUCCGAGUCUCUAGAAAAAGUCACACUAUUAUUUGCAGAUAUAGCUGGAUUUACAAGCUAUUCGAGCAACAAAUAGCCAUCAGAAGUAGUUAAAAUGUUGAGAAACUUAUUUACUUCAUUUGAUUAGCUUUGUUUAAAGCACAAAGUUUAUAAAGUAUACACCAUUGGAGACUGCUAUGUUGUCAUUGGUAUUGUCGAUAAGUAGAACAGAUAAUACCAAGAAGAGUGCAAGAAUGUUAUUUAAAUGGGAUUCUCAAUGAUUCAAGUUAUUGAGAACAUUAAAAGAGAGCACGAAGAUUUCAAAAGCGUUAAUAUGAGAAUAGGAAUACACUUGGGAGAAAAAGUUUUAGGAGGUAUUAUUGGUACAAACAUCGUAAGAUAUGACAUUUUUGGAAAAGAUGUUGUUAUUGCAAAUAAAAUGGAAUCUAAUGGGUAACUAGGAAGGAUAAACAUAAGCGAAGACACAAAGAAGUUUUUGGAAAAUCAUUACCCUAAUGAGUACAGGUAUGAAGAAAAUAAAGAAGUAGAACUUACAAAUUUCAAAUAGGAAAAUAACUAAACACUAAAAGUAAAAAGCUAUUUUAUAGAGCAAGGAGAUUUUAUUAAUAAAACUUAAACCGAAGAUGAUUAAUGA